UCCGCCUCCAUGUAAUUUACGGCCCUGGGUUUUGAUCAUUCUAAUAUACACAUGCUUUAAUUUCUGCUAAACUUUGAUUUAUAUAGUUCGUGUCCCAUCUUUAAUUAACGCGGACCAUUUCCAAACAACAAUAGUCUAGAUUAAGAUAGAUAAAUAUCAUCUCACAUUUUUAAAAGUCAUGAACUAUAAAGGAUGCAUAAUUAAGAUUACUUGAAACUCGUAUUUCAUUUGAGGAUGCGAACCAGGAAAACUUGAAUGACACAUGAAGUUGUUCCGCAACUUAAACUAUUGUCUGUCUCAGAAGGGACGCUCUACAUCUUUCAAAACGAAACAAAAACACAGGAAGAUAAUGGUAUGAAACAAUUUGCAUAGAUAAUCAGACAUGAUAUUCAUUAAAAAAAAAAGACAUUAAGGUUGAUUUGCAGUAAAAGUAGUUCGAAUGGUUAUUCGAUCUGUAAUAAAACUAUCCUAUCUUUGUUCAGUUGUGGGUGUCCUAGAGGACCGCCAGGAUGGAAUUGGACAGCUUGGACACACAGAAGGCGGGGAAGCUUUACACCGAGGAAGAAGAACAAUCCUCUGCAGACAAUGAAGAUAUUCUACAAGAGGAGAGAGAAGUGAUGAGCAAGCCUAGGGUAUUACUUCUCAAUCUGUCGUGGUUUGGUCUCAGCCUCAUGUUUCUGCUGUUGUCUGUUGAGGUUGUACCUGCCCAGAUUCGCUCUUUGGUUGGGGAGGCAGAAAAAGGCAGGUGGCUUGGUGGAAUGGUUGCAGCUGGAGCUGGUCUGACUUUCUUUACCAGCCCCUUGAUUGGUAUGGGAAGCGACCGCAUAACAUUUAAGGUUGGCAAAAGACGACCAGUCAUGAUGGCAGGGACUUUUAUACUAUGUGUUGGAUUGAUUGGAAUGGCACUCAGUUCCUCGAAGUUGUAUCUCCCACGAAGAGAUUCCGGUUACAAAAACGGAACAGACGAAACAUGCCAUGGUGAUUUAGUAGCACAAAGGUGUCUACCAUACAUAAAUAAAACUGUAAAGAAUUCGCACGAGAGUACUGUUUUAAGAGGCUCCCAGCCCACAUCUAUCCUGGUUGCAGAGAAGAAGGACAAAAUCGUUGAUGAAAACGAUGUUGUAACUGGAAAUCUUGGUCUGUACAUAUUUUUCUACUUGAUUGUCACAUUGUCUUUUGCGAUGAUAACCGUCCCCUACAAUGCUCUGAUUGCCGACAAGUCACACCAUUCACAAAGAGGUUUUAACUCCGGAGUCAUGGGCUGUAUGAUCUUAAUGGGCAAUGUGAGCGGAGCAGCCGUAGGAAUAGGAUUGUCGGAAAUGGGUGUCCUGGGGGCUUAUGGAACAGCAAUCGCCGUAGUGAUGAUUAGUGUCUGUAUAACCGUCUUCACGACAACAGAAAAACCUGGAAAGCAAAUCAAUGAACCCAUAGGGUGUCUCCAAAUUUUCUGUGCAUUUUGGGAACCAUUAAAAGAGCACGACUUCCGAUGGGUGUUCAUAACCAGAUUUUUAAUGCAGCAAGGUGUUUCCACAGUAACAGGGUUUCUUGAGUAUUGGUUGUCUGAUAUGAUACAACUCCCCGACUGUUGGAAUGCUGGAAGGGGUGUGGCGAUCAUGCUUUUACCAAUGUUAUUUGCAGCAGCUCUCAGUUCUAUCAUAUUUGGUAUUGUUUCUGACCGUUUUAACCGGAGGAAGCCAAUCGUUAUAGCAGCAGCAUUCAUCAUGUGCAUAUGUAUAUCGACAUUGACGUACAUAAGCGGACCCUCGGCCUACUACAUCGCCGUUAUCUUGGCACUCUUCUUCGGAAUCGGAUUUGGAUCGUUCCAGUCGGUUGAUUUUGCUCUAGUCAUGGACGUCCUUCCAGAGGAGAAGGACAAGGCAAAAGACCUCGCUGUCUGGCAUCUUGCCCUCAUACUGCCAAAUGCACUUGCCACGCCCGUGGGAGGAUUGAUUUUGGAUUACUUUGAAAGUGUCAAUUGUAGGAUAGGCUUAGGUUACAUCAUACUGUUUAUUGUCACAACCGUAUAUUUUCUACUGAGUGGUAUAUUUGUAACGAGAAUUCGGCAGGCUAAAUGAUUACAGAAUGGCACAUCUUUAAACAGACAAUGCGCACUUUUUGCAACAAAUUGUUAUAUCUUUAACUUGUAUUUCUACUUAAGUUUUUUCUUUGAAAUUAAAAUGUAAUAUUCAAAGCAAAUUGUUCACAAAGUAAAGUCGGAGAAUACCGCUAUAUGCUGUAACACUUUUCUAUGCGACGGCCAUAGAUAAAUGAACAGCGGGGGCACAUUCUCAACUUUCAGAAGUGGGAGUCACAAAUAUGUACGUGCACUCAAUUUUUGUCUGAAUAAUUUUUAAGUUAUUUGCCUAUCAUUCGUAUGUAUAUUUCUGUCGAAAGUAUAUAUUCUUUAUAAAUAUAUUGACAUAGUAAUUUAUUGAUUUUCAUACUUAAUACCUGUGAUAAUUAUUACAUCUAAUGAUGAAAUAAAAGAAUGUUACCUCUGUA